GCGGGCGCUGAGGCGGCAGCAUGGAGGCCAUCUGGCUGUACCAGUUCCGUCUGAUCGUCAUCGGCGACUCCACCGUGGGCAAGUCCUGCCUCAUCCGCCGCUUCACCGAGGGCCGCUUCGCACAGAUCUCGGACCCCACGGUGGGAGUGGAUUUCUUCUCCAGGCUGGUGGAGAUCGAGCCGGGCAAGCGGAUCAAGCUGCAGAUCUGGGACACGGCCGGGCAGGAGCGGUUCCGGUCCAUCACCAGAGCUUACUACAGGAACUCAGUUGGUGGACUCCUCCUCUUUGAUAUUACAAACCGCAGGUCCUUCCAGAAUGUCCACGAGUGGCUAGAGGAGACCAAGGUGCACGUCCAGCCAUACCAGAUCGUCUUUGUUUUGGUAGGUCACAAGUGUGACCUUGACACACAGCGGCAAGUCACCAGGCACGAGGCUGAGAAACUGGCUGCUGCAUAUGGUAUGAAGUACAUUGAGACCUCAGCUCGGGAUGCCAUUAACGUGGAGAAAGCCUUCACUGACCUGACUCGAGAUAUAUACGAGCUUGUUAAAAGGGGGGACAUUUCAAUCCAGGAGGGAUGGGAAGGGGUAAAGAGCGGGUUUGUCCCAAACGUAGUGCACUCUUCAGAAGAAGUGGUGAAAUCAGAUAGGCGAUGCUUGUGCUGAGCUCUUCUAGUGAGGCAAGUGGUGAUGAACUCUACUAACCAAAUGUACUUUACUAAGUGAACUCGGUGUGAGAGAAGGGAGAGCAACGCUCCCGUUGUGAACAGCCUCCCACAGUGUUUUGGACACCAGAACAGACCCCAGAAAGACAUGUUCUGUUCCAAAUAACCUUUCAGAACUGGGGGCUACAAACCUACAGGAGAGUGAGUGAGGGUGCAUGUAGCUGUUGUAAGGAGACAGGAAGCAGAAAUGAGGGGCUGCACAAGACAGGAGAGAGUAUGCAGAGAGCUGGAUGGGCUGGCACAUGCCAGGGUACUGUACUUGUCCUCUUUUAAGUAAAUCCAUAGCUUCCUGUUGGGUAUCGAAGCCACAGUAUGGAUACUUUAAUAGUAUGAGAAACGGGCAGACAGAGAGAAAGAAAGAGGACAUCUUCCUUUGCGUCAGCUGUUUAUUGCCAGGAGGGUGAAAAGGCAGCACAGACACUGUUUCCUCAUAAGCCAGGCUCCACAGGAGAAGCUUACUGACAUGGUGUGCACACUUCUGAAUUUUCUUUCUUAUGUUCUUGAACCUAGUUUGAUAGCAAAGGAUCUUCUGUGGGAUUUAAAGAGGAAAGCAGCAGUCAUCUGGCUGGUGAUUAACAUUUAAAUUAUUCCCCUCCCCAAUAGUGCUUUUCUUGCUGUGCUGAACUGGGACUCUAAGUAGCAACUCCUGCUCCAGUAGUAAUUAUUCAGUGCAUUUUUACACAUUUACUGCCUAGGUGAGUACCUUGAAUGUACCGGAGUUCAGGGCUUUCCAAUAGGAUUAGGUGGUCAGGAGCAUAGGGAGAACCCUGUCCUCAUAUGUUGUAGCUUAAGGGUGGGGUGCUGCAGCCAGGUUGGACACACCAACAUUUCUCUCUUGCUGACAGCAGUGUGCUGACUCUUUGGGUGUCCUAACCCUCCAGGUCACAAGGAGGAAUGGAAAAGGGGGAGAUGGGGGAAUCAAACAUAAAAGAAACUUGAAAAGCUUAACUCAGGUGUGUCAGCCAUCCUAAAAGGUGAGAUUUGUUUAUAAAGAAGUUAAAUAGCAUAGAAGGCAACAGCUUCCAUCAGUAUUUUCUGCUGUUAAAGUGUCAUUUUCUUUCUUGGCAUCUGUGGAAGAAAAGAAACUAGCGCUGGGAAGGAGGAGCACACCCCAGGAGUGUCCAAGCAGGUGGAAAGGAAAGCCACAAGAUGAGCUCGAGUAACAUUUGUUUUCCUCCAUGUUUUAAUUUGACAAAAGAGGAUCCAUCUCAGGUUGGUUGUUAUGGGUCAGCAGCCAUGUUACAAAAGCUGCAUGUAGGGAGAUGUUUCCUAGGAAUGCCAUUCACCACUUAGAAGCUUUGCUUCUGCUAAGUUUUAACUUCAGCUUUUGAAGUGCAGCAGGGUAACUGUGCUCCCACAGCAAAGGAGGGAAGUUCAGCCUAUUAAAAGCAAACAAACCUAUAGGGACUUUUUUCCACUUGAGUUUGCGAGCUUUAUACACCAAUCUGCUAAUGGGCAGGAGAGAGUGAUUAGGUAAAACCACAGGAAGCAGCUAGUGCUUGAUUUUAGGUCUCUAAAAAUAGAGAAGAAUAAAAUACUUAUUUACAGUUUUUUAAGCUACCUUGUCUAUAAAGGUGUGAACGGCCUUGAUCACUGUUGUGUUCAGGCAAUUCCUUCCUUUGAACCUGGUCUCACAGUUUGCAGCACAUGGGCAGGUCCGUAUGAAUUAAAGCCCCUGUGGUUUCCAUAGCAAAGCUGUACAAAACCCCCAAACCCCAACAACCAAACCACUGAACAUGAGUAAUGCUUUUAUUCUCAGUGUUCUAGGAACAGCUUCAGUCCCUGUGCUCUGCAGGGGAGCAGCAGUGUGGCACCUGCUGGGGGGCACUGGUAGGAAGGGAGGGGUGGCACUGGACCAGCACCUUACAGUAAGCGUCUCGCUUCUAACCCCGAUCGCUCUUGAUUAGGCUACAAACGCAUCAGAAACCUUGUGCUAAAGGCAGAUUCAGCUGUGGUCAAAUUGAGUACCCUGAAGAUUAAAACACAACAAGAAAUCCCUGUACACUGUCUUUCUAGGUUUUGGACAUUCCCCUUUACUGCUCCCAGAGAGAAAUUCCAGAAAGCCCACAUCAGUCAGUGCAUUCAGGCCUCCAGAGUAAGUCUUCAAUUUAAAAACACAAGGAUCAUGGUCCUAAAGAGGAACAGUGCAGAAGAAAAUGUACGUGGUCUUAACUACUUAGAGGUAAUAAAUGGUUAUAUUAAAUGAUAGAGAAAUCAUUAUCUACAACUUUUUUCUAAUUCCUUGCAUUUUCUAGACAGCUUCUUCAAAUAUAGGAAAUGUAGAUUCAUCUGUACAAAAUUUGGAAUGUUUUUUCUAAGAUGAAGAACUUAUAGGAUAUGCUACCACUUCUUUUCUAACAACUGGUUUUAAUGCUUUGACUUCUAGUGCAAGAGGGGCUUAGAGAAAUCAGCAGGUGCCACCUUUCACAGGACAAAGGGCAGGAGCUCUUUUACUCUAGGACAAAAAGAGAAAUAAUAAACCUAAGAGAAAGCUACUUUCUGUGGUCUGCACCACACAUUAAAACCAAUCUGCAUGUUAGACUGCAACCGCUCAGACCCUCUGGAAUAAAAGCGUACGAUACACUUUCCGCUUUCUGUUAUGCACUGUAAUGAACUGUGAAAAUACUGCUGUAUUUAGCUGUCUGUAUGUGAUUGAAAACAUGCUUGUAUUUAGCAAAAUGGUUACUACGUGAUAAUGUGAAAUUCAAAACUUGUAAAGAAA